AUGAAUAUUGGAAAUUAUCGACACUGUUUUAUCGUUUUCAACAAAAUUCGAUACUCUAGCGCCAUCUAUCACGGUGUAUUUUCUUUGGAAUAAACAUUAUUAAAGAAAAUGAGAUUAAACGCGGUAUAUUUUGGCAAAUAUGCGAGAUCACCACAAAGUGAGAAAAAAGUACCAUUUAAGGAAUUAUAUCCUCUGAAAUUACAAAAUCGCGUUAGCGGAACAAGACGGGUUUCUUUGCAGGACAAAUGUUUAUUUGAAAUGUCGCUACUAUUUAAUUGCUGGAAGGAAAAAGAAUUUGGCUUUGGUGCUUGUAAUGAAUUUGAACUCAAGUUACAAAAAUGUUACAAAAAUCUUGAAAUAACUAUGAAGAAUCAAAGUGAAAUGAGUAAGAAAGAUAUACCUACUCCUGAAACUAAACAGUUUUCAGACAAACAACUUACUUAUCUUUUACGACAAUACCCAACUAUUUAAUAAAAUAUUGCAUACAAAAGAUUUAGCAUCAUUAUUGUUACUGUAUUUGUAAUAUUAUGUGUAUAACUGUUUGAAUCCAACUCAGAGCGAUCGCGCUGUUCUGAUUUCAUGUCGGAAAGAUCCGCUACAUUAAAAUAAGCGCGAUCGCACUCUCUGGCAUCUUUCGACGAGGUUUUUCAAAUACCCCUCAAACGAAUAAAAUAUAUUUUACCUUAA